AAAAAGAGUAAAUAAUGAAAAAAGGAGUUGCUGGGUGUCAGGCAGACGAGGGGAAACUUUCGGCCGAAUAUCUUAGGGCUUACAGAUCAUGCGUCUACGUCGGCCACUCCUCUUUAAAAUUCUUCCAUUCCGAUGUUUCCACUCUAAGCCUCACGCACUCUAAUGCGCGCACACACACACAUAUAUAUAUAUAUACACAUCUAUAUAUAUUCUUCAACCUUUUUCCAUCUUCAUAUAUAUUUUUAUUUUAAUUCAAAUCCCAUUUUUCACCGCAAUAACAUGGCUGAGAUAUGCUUUGCUGGGGAUGGCGAGCCCUCUCCCCGACCAAAAUCUCGACCCCGAAACUCGGCUCGCCGGACAAAGGAGUUUCUUCACCACAAUGCCGCUGCCGAUGAAUCUGCUUCGUCGUCGUCGUCGCCGUCUACGCCGCCCUCGCACCAGGGACGGAAACGCCGCGGUGUUCAUCAUUCCCUCCGGCGGUGCAAAAAAGUGGAUAAUAAUGUUGAUGGUGUGGAGACGGCUAAAUAUGGGGUCACCUCUGUUUGCGGAAGAAGAAGAGAAAUGGAGGACACGGUUUCGCUUCAUCCAUGCUUUGCUACUUACAGAAAUCAACCCCAGAUUCCCCUUCACUUUUUUGGGGUCUUCGACGGCCAUGGCUGCUCUCAUGUGUCAGUGAGGUGCGAAAAUCGAAUGCAUGAACUAUUGAAGGAAGAGAUUGAAAGCGAAUUAGGAGAAUCAAUGGAGUGGAAGACAUUGAUGCAACGAAGCUUUGGGCGUAUGGAUGAGGAAGUCAAGGAGUUCUGCCAUCACGACGAGGACGACGGCGACGAGGACGAGGACGAGGACGAGGACGACAGAAAUAAAAAUACGGUUAGUUGCAGAUGCAAACUCCAGACUCCUCGCCAAUACGACACCGUUGGAUCAACCGCUUUGGUUGCCAUCGUAACGCCCCACCAGCUCAUCAUCUCCAACUGCGGCGAUUCCCGCGCCGUGCUUUGCCGGAAAACUAGUGUCCUCCCCCUCUCCUCCGAUCAUAAGCCAGAUCGACCGGACGAAUUGUCUCGUAUAGAAUCGAGAGGCGGGCGAGUGAUUUACUGGGACGGGGCGAGAGUGUUGGGAGUUUUAGCGAUGUCAAGAGCCAUAGGAGAUGGUUAUCUAAAACCGUACGUGAUAUCGGAGCCAGAGGUGGUGGAGGUGGAUCGGACCGGGGAGGAUGAGUUCUUAAUCUUGGCCACCGAUGGCCUGUGGGACGUCGUUUCCAAUGAAACAGCGUGCGACGUCGUACGAACCUGCAUGCGGGCUCCGCCGGCUUCCACAUCAUCGUUGAGCGGCAGUGACAAAACUUGCUCCGACGCCUCCAUUGUGCUGACGAAGUUGGCCAUGGCGAAGCAUAGCUCAGAUAACAUUAGCGUAGUGGUCAUAGAUUUGAGAAGAGAUGUCACCGAACUCUAAAUUAGCGUCCUCAAGAACACACCCAAAUAGAAAUAUGUUCCUUUUUU